ACUUCAAAACUUAUCCUUCGUCGAGAAUGGAAAGACUGGAAGGGCAUUUGCGUGGUAUUCUGGCGCGCAUUGUGCCAUGUCUGGAUCGUCGACAGUUUCGCCGUAACUGGCUGUGGCAGGUCGAUCUGCCGCUGCUCAUCGAUUACGACAACGGCGAGAUUAGUUACGAGGAAUGCACCAACCGUACCCACGACCUGGCCCGCGAACUCGACGAACGCGACGAGCAAGAGGCAGCAGAAGAGCAGGAAGCAGAGGAGACGGAAGAAGAGGAGCAUGAAUCAGAGCAGCAGGAUUCAGAGGAGCAGAAUGAAGAUGAUAAGCAACCGUUUCUACGCGGACUAAAACCAUCAUCGGAUUGAUGGUAAAGGACAUAAGCAACGAGGCGGAAGGAAGAAAUCCUGGACAGAAAAGAAAAAGAAGGAACGAGGCUAAAGCGAGUAGCAAUAUGUGAAAGUCGUUGAAAACAUCGAGGGAACAACGAGAUAAAACAAUGUUUAAAAUUCAUAAUAAUGAGACAAACUUGAAAGUGC